AUGGCUAAUACACUACGCAAUAUCAUUGUGGUGGGAGGCUCAUACGUGGGCAAGAGUACCGCUCAAGAGUUGGCCCGCGUGGUUCCGGAAACACAUCGGGUCUUGUUGAUCGAGCCCCACAGUCAUUUUCACCACCUUUUCACCUUCCCCCGUUUUGCUGUCAUUCCUGGCCAAGAACAUAAGGCUUUCAUUCCAUAUACUGGUCUCUUUGCUCGUUCGAGUCAGCAUGCCGUAAUCCAGGCCCGUGCCCUUUCAGUUCAGGCCCAACAGGUCCUCCUCGACCGCGCAUGGCAGGGAUCACGUUCUAUCUCCUUCGACUAUCUUGUUGUGGCAACGGGAACCCGCCUUGCACAACCGGCUGGCAUGAAGAAUGACGACAAAUCAUCAUCCGUGACAUACUUGCAGAAGCACCAGGCCGAUGUUCAACGGUCCCGGUCCAUCCUUAUUGUGGGCGGCGGGGCUGUCGGGGUGCAGAUGGCAACGGAUCUGAAGGAAAGAUUUCCAGAGAAAGAGGUCACUGUGGUGCAAUCACGAAGACAGUUAAUGCCAGGCUUCCAUGAACAGCUGCACGCUCUCGUCAAAGAGCGAUUUGACGACCUGGAUGUCCGGCUUGUGACAGGAUCGCGAGUUGUGGUGCCAGAGGGCGGCUUUCAAAACGAUGGACAGUCAUUCAAUGUCGAGCUCACCGACGGAUCGCGGAUUUCCACCGAAUUCGUUAUCCUGGCUACCGGUCAAACGCCUAACAACCACCUGGUUAAGGAUCUUAUUCCGUCAGCUUCGGAGCCUCUGAUAAACCCUGACAACGGCUUCAUUCGGAUUCGGCCGACGAUGCAAUUCCAAGACCCCCAAUACUCCAACCUCUUCGCCGUCGGCGAUAUUGCAGACACCGGGCUGCGCAAGGCGGCCCGUCCCGGUUCGGCACAGGCAGCGGUCGUCGCGCAAAACAUCCAGGCGAUGAUCGAGGGUCGUAGCCCGGAAGAGACAUUCCCACGAAUGCCGGCAGCAAUUCACCUAACCCUGGGCAUGAAAUACAACGUCAUCUUUCGAAACCCAAACGAGGCCGAAGGACAGACUGAGCCGACGAUUUUCAAAAAGGAUGAUGGUCAAGAGGAUAUGAACGUGGAGGGAUUCUGGCAGAGAUUGGGCGUAGAAGUCAGCACUCCCAACCAGUACCAUCUUUCAAUCAAUGAUUCCACCUGGGAGGCCUUCAAUAGCAGCGUCUCCGGCAGGCUGCGCGACGGACAACCAAUGCUAGCCCCGUGCUACACCUACUUCAACGGUCAUGCCCAGUUUCCUAACCACGAGGAGUGUUCGGCGUUGCAGUCGCAUCGGUCGGAUAGUGACUUUGUCUCGGAUCAUUUUGGCGGUUAUCAAAACGUGAAUUGGGGCUCAUGUCAAGCGACGGGUCAGUUCUGUGCCUUCGGAUCGCUACUGAACCCCGACCUGGUCACCCCGGUGACCCGACAGUGUUCCCAGGGCAGCGUGCCGUCCAAAUAUCUGGAAGUACACACGGUUGAGGAUGUACAGAAAGGGCUGGUAUUUGCCAAAAAGCAAAACCUGAAGUUGGUGAUCAAGAACACCGGGCAUGAUUUCAAAGGUCGCAGCUCAGCACCGGAUUCUUUCGCUUUGUGGACACACCUUUACCAGCCCCCAAUUACACUGCAGAAGAGCUUCACUCCAGAGGGAUGCUUGUCGCCCGUGGGAGACACGAUUUCAUUCGGUGCAGGCCAACAGUUUCAGGGGAUUUACGAGUUUGCACAUAAACAUAACUACCGCGUGGUUGGUGGCACAUCCAGUAGCGUUGGCGCGGCUGGUGGCUGGAUCACUGGUGGAGGACAUAGUAUGCUGUCUAAUGAGCUUGGUCUUGGCGUGGACAACGCUCAACAGCUCAAGGUUGUCCUGCCCAACGGCACCUAUGUCACGGCCAACCGAUGUCAGAACCAAGACAUCUUCUUUGCCCUUAGGGGAGGCGGAGGAGGAACCUUUGGUGUAGUGAUGGAAAUGGCCACCCUAGUGCACGAAGAAAAGCCGAUGCAGCUGGCCCAGGUGUCCUUGGCCAGCAGCGAUGCUGCCAGCGCAAAGACAUUUCUCUCAAUCCUGGUGGCCAACGCCGAUAAAUGGGCAUCCGAAGGCUGGGGAGGAUACAUCUCGCCAGGGGUCCUGGGAAGCUAUAUUUCGAAUCUGGUCUUGGCAACCUCCAUGCUCAAUCAUUCCGAGGCCGAGGCGUCCAUGAAGCCGGUGCUCGAGUUUGCCCGACAGAGUGGCACAAUUGCGCAGGCAAAUGUCACCACAGUUGACACUUUUUUCGGAAUCCUCAAGGGGUUUGCAGCUGUCGAAAAGCUUGGACAACCCAGCGGCUCGCUGGCCAUGUCGUCCCGCCUGGUGCGGCGAGAGUCAUUCGUUGGCAAUGACAACCAGCGGCGGCUCUCGUCGAUUCUAAAUGACAUUCUUACCAGCAGUCAGGAGAACAGCUUGCUGUCUAUCUCGCCCUUAUUCAUCAGCGUUACUGCACCUACCGUGUACUCAAAGCGUCUACCGCGAUCAGAUCAGCCUGGAGGCCCCGGGGCUUCGUCGGUCACGCCUGCUUGGCGUGACACCCUGUGGCACGUUAUCCACCUGCAUCCCUAUGAUGGCCUUGUCACGCAGCCUAGCCUUGUCAACCGGAUUUGGCAGUCUACUCACGAUGCCCUGGGCGCCUUGCGAGAUUUCACCCCGGGCUCCGGGGCUUAUCAGAAUGAAGCCGACCCUUUCGAGCCGGAUCCGAUCGAGGCGUUUUGGGGCCAGGAAAACUACCGCCAUCUACUUCAGAUCAAAAAAAGGGUGGAUCCGACUAAUUUGUUGACCGUGCAUCAAGGGGUAGGAUGGGACCAAAGAGACGAGAGGUAUCAAUGCUACCCUGAAGUCUCAAUCUGA